AUUUGGUGCCUAUAUAUUUUUUAACCAAAAUGGAAGAAAAUGUUAAUUGGAGCUAUUGGAGAAAAGUUAAUGAUCGCUUAAUAUUAAGCUAUACUAUAGCGCCAUUAUCAGAUUUGUUACAUGAACUGGAAAUUCAGCUGCCAGCUUUUAAACUUCAUUAUUUUAUAAAGCGCGACCAGGAAAAAUAUUUCAAGGAAAAAAAGAACAAUUUACGUGAUGAUGAAUUAAUUUUGCAAAUCGAUUUUGCAGAAAACUAUCGGUUGAUCAAUCAGAAUGAGGUCCAAGAAGCUCACUUCAGCUACCAACAAGUUACUAUUUUCACUUGCGUUGCAUGGCUUCGAGGUCAAACUGAAUGUAUUGCUGCUAUUAGUGACAAACUUACCCACAACAAAUUUGACGUCUAUUGUUUCCUUACAAAAAUUGUGCACAAAAUUCAAAGUCAAUUCGAAGGAAUUUCCACGGUUUUCAUAUUCUCUGAUGGCAGCACCAGUCAAUUCAAAAACAAAUAUAUUCUCACCAGCAUUCCUUCGUUUGUGAGCGAAUUUGGCUUAAAGCAUUUAGAGUGGAACUUCUUUGCCACUUCGCAUGGCAAAGGAGCAGUCGAUGGAGUAGGCGCGGUGGUGAAGCGAAAAGUUUGGCAAGCGGUUAAGACAAAUAAUAUUAUUUUACCGGAUGCCUUUGCAUUUUAUGAAUGCGCUGGCAAAAUCAUCGAAGGAGUUCGUCUGUUAUAUAUCUCAUCAAAAGAGAUUGAAGAAUUUUCUACACCAUUAAAUGAAAAAUGGGAAAUUGUCCGCUCCAUUCCAGGAAACAAAAAAUGCAUUGCUUUUCCUACCAAGAUAACGAAAAUAUAA